AUGGGCAGGGGUGAUGUGCGCACACGCAGUGGCCGUGGCCGUGGCCGAGGACGAGGGGGCGGCUCGGGCGGUGUAUGCUCGACGAGCGGGCUCCACAGCAACGAGCCACCAGCGCAUCCGUGCAGCGUGCCGCUUGCCAUGUGGGACUUUGAGCAGUGCGAUCCCAAUGCCUGUUCCGGAAAGAAGUUGUUUCGCCUGAAUGCGCUGCGCCUCCUGCGCCUCAGCGAGCCAUUCCACGGCGUGGUGCUGACCCCAAGCGCGACCGAGAUCGUGAGUCCCGCCGAUCGCGGCAUUGUGCUGCAGAGCGGGGCCGCCGUUGUGGACUGCUCGUGGAAGGAGCUGGAUGCCGUGCCGUGGCGAAAAAUGCGCAUGUCUGCUCCACGGCUUUUGCCACUGCUGCUGGCAGCUAACCCUGUGAAUUACGGCCGACCGUCGAAGCUGAACUGCGCCGAGGCUCUGGCGGCGGCACUGGCGAUUGUGGGCCUGAUGGACGACGCCCGAAGCAUCAUGGCGUACUUCUCCUGGGGAGCGAGCUUUUUUGACGUGAAUCGUGAGUUACUGGCUGGCUACCAGAAGUGCGCCAACUCGGCGGAGAUAUCUGCCUUUCAGGACAAGUACGUAGAGGCGGAGCUGCAGGAGAGUGAGGCCCGGCGUGGCCUCGACUUGGAUGCGAUAGACCUGUCGGAUGCUCGCCCGCUGAAUGAGCGCCGAGGACGUCUAAAGAACCGCCGCGAAUGGCAGCAACCUUCAUGCUCUGAAGACGACGAAGAGAGCGACAAGGCUGAGGAGGACGAAGGCUCUGAUGGGGGUACUGACGCUUGUGUCAGCGAAGAGGACGAAGACAGGAGGGGAUCUGAAUGCGCCGCCGCAGACGGCACGGAGGAGGCGGCGUGA